AUGGGAGUGGCAGCUGAGAUAUUUCAAGAGAAACUGAUAUCAUAUCUACCAAAGAUCAUGACUUUUUUCGGAAAAAGGAUUAAGGACUCUGACUAGAUCUUACAUUCCCCAAUUUCAGAUUCAAUAGGCAUUUUAUCUCAUUAGCUACUGAGAAAUAUUGAAGACCAAUAGACUCAACAGGAGUAGGUUGCAGUAAUAUUUAAGCAAGUAUAUCUUUCAGUCCUUUAAGCAAAUAAAAUAUAACAGUUAUGCGCAGCUUAAUGUCUAGGUAAAGUGAUUUCAAAUGUUCCUGUGGCUUUGAUUAAGGGAAGCUUGGGUAAAAUUUGUACUAAGAUUAGUGAGUUCUUUCAAAAUAAUGCAAUUAAAUGCAAAACAUAGCUGCUUGAAGUGCUAAUAAUCCUAGUUAACACUGUAGGAAUCGAGAUUCACUCCCAUGUGCCAACACUGAUUUAGCAUAUUGCCACCUCUAUGGAAAAUAGUGAUUUUAGUACAAGAAAGUAAGCCAUUGAUCUAGUCCUGAACAUUGCUAAAAUAAGUCCGUAAUCACUCAGACCAUAUCGCAAGGAGAUUAAUACAAUUUUGAAUCAGCUAAGGUUUGAUAAAAUUAAACCAGUUAGAGAGUCUACAAAUGAAGUAUUGAAUUUAUUUAAAGAAAUUCCUGAGCUAUUUUAUGGUGAGGAAGAGAGACUUAGAGAGCAAGAGUAGAAGGAAAAGUAAAAGUUGGAUUAAUAAAAGAAACAAGAAAUUAAGAAAGAAAUAGUCAAGAGGAAUCCUAAGAUCAUUCAAAACGAGGACUUGAAUGGAACUAUAACAAUUAAUGGAGUAGUUUUUGCUGAUAACGGAGGCGGUAAACAAAGCAAAGAGGAUAAAGCUCCUUUGAUUAUAGAAACUAGAGAUGAUGGGAAAAAGUUGACUUCAGCUACAUAAAAGAGAAGAGAAGCUAAGAUAAAUACUCAAAAGCAUAAUAAAAGUAAAAAUAAAAGUAUUUUAUUAAUCCCUAUAGAUGAUUAAAAAGAAUAAUAAAAAGAGCAUGAAAGUAUCUUUAAGAGAAAUCAAAUUAACAAAGACUUCCUAAAGCAAUCUGGGAAAGGAGGUGGAAUAGAAAUAUUUGCACCAGAUAGUUUUAAAGAUAAUUUAAGCGACAAUGUAGACAAUAACAGUCAAAGAGAUUAGCCUCGGAUAGUUACUAAUCUAGAAGAAAUGCCUCAUGGAAGAGACACUGCUAUGAAGCAAGCUGGAUUCCCAUAGAUGACCACCAUUUUUCCAAAUGAUUAGGCCUUUGAUGAGUCUGGACGAAGAUCUGAUACCUCUCAAAGAUCAAUAGAAUUGUUGAGAAAUAAUAAUCAUAUCAGAAGCAAUAAUCAAUAUAUGGAAAUUAACGAGGAAUAAGAUUAUCAAGAUUAGGAUAGAGAGGAGUAAUAUGAGGAAAGUAUGGCUUAAAAUAGAAAAGUAAUUAAGCCAUAUCUAGGUGAAAAUCAAUCAAUUAGAGAUUAACAAUUUAUACCUAAAGAAUGGCAGAAUAAAUGCAAACCUUUCAAAACUUUGCUAGAAAUGAACUUGGAGGGUUAAGACAAAGAGUUCAUGUAAUGGACUAGAAAGUAUAGCAUGUAUAGAUGCUUAGAAUCUGCUAGACAAUUUAUUGAGAGUGACAUCAGAUUGAACAGAAAUAGAUCUCCAGAGAGUGCAAGAAUGAGUAUUAUAAAUAAUCAGAGACAGAAUCAGGGGUCAGAUUGGGAUCAAAUUAAUCAACUAAUUUUACAAAAUAAGGUGAGAGAAGCCUACUAGAUCGCAGUUUAAAAAUCAGAUGACGACUUGAUACUUCUCAAGCUCAUGGGAAAGACUGGAAUAUGCUUCAAAAAGCUCCUAAAGGGUGAAGAUGCCAAGAGCAAACAGUUGGUGGAAUUCCUCGUCCAAAGAAUUAUAGCAAUACUGACUACAAAAGAUUUCGUGAAUGUAUUACUGCCUUGGAUUACUGAUCUUAGUGUGAUCUUUGUUGACUACAAAGACAAUCGAGGCCAAUCAGAUAUAAUCUCUUAGACUGUUGUUUCUGAUUUAAUUGAGGUUUUAAUAGCUUUAAUGAAUGAUACUAAAAGUGGCAUCGAUGAUCAAUAGAAAAAUGAGAUUAACAGAAUUUACGAGAAUUUAUCUCAGGCGUUCAGCAUUACUGAAAGUAAGGCAGUUGUUUGA